AUGUCGAAAUUAUUAAAUACACGUUCAGUUAGAUCAAAAUAUCCAAGUAUUUUAUUACUUAUUGAUUAUGGUUUAAGUGAAAAAACGAUGGAAGGUAUUUGUCAUGGUCUUGAUCAACUAUUCAGUAUUAUCACGACAUAUGUUGGUUUACAACACAUUCCAAUGUUCGGAUUGAUUGUUAAUGGGCAAAAUCAAAGUGAAACUUUCAUACCACUGUCGCUUGCAUGUAACAUUCAUAUGGAAUUACAACUCGCGUUGUAUAAAUUACAGCUACUUGCUCAAAAAUGGUCGACAAAAUCAAAUGGAUUCAAUAGUUCAACAUUAUCUUGGCAAUCUGCUUUACAACUAGCUGACAUUCAAAUCAAUUCCAUUCUUCAGAACAAUAAUGAAAAUCGAUCCUCGUCGAAUUUGAUUAAACAUGAUUUUCAAAUUGUGAUGGUAACAAAUCGAUUAUCAGAUUUGAUUUUGUCGGACAUUCAUCAAUAUAUUCAAAACGAACAGUUCAAUAAAAGGAACAUCGAAUUAGUAUGUGUUAAUGAUGGUAAUAAUGUUGAAUCAUUCAAGCAAAAAAUAUCAUCGUUAGAUUGGAUAACUAUUAAAUAUAUAUUAGAGAAUAAAUAUUCCAUAGGUCUCUACCUAAAAUCAUGGCUAUUGAAUGAAGAUCGUGAAAAUGAACAUAUUCAAUUAUAUUUACCUACAAUAAAAAAAACUGAAUACAUUGACCAUUCGUGGCAUAUAAUUCGAUGUGACUUACAAGAAUUAUUAAUUAAUCCUUAUCAUCAUAUUAAUCAUGAUAGAUUUCUCAUUUUUACAGAACCAUCAACAAUAUCAACUUCAACUCAAAAUUCUUCAUCGCCGUCGUUGCCAAUUUAUCAAUUCAAAGCACUGAAUUUCAUUAAACAAACAGAUUAUUGCAUAUCAAUGAUAUUUGGAAUGCCACUUCUUGUAAUAUCAUCAGCAUGUCGUAAAUAUGAUAGUGAAUCCAUUGAACAAAAUGAAAUUGCAUUUGAUACUUUAACAGAAUAUUUACGUAUAAAUAAAUUAAUGUUAAUAUGUCGAUUGAAUGAUUGUUCGUCAUCAACAAUGAAUCAAUCAUUUUCGGGACAUUUCAUUCUUUCAGCUGCAUCCGAACGUAGUUUAAUAUUACGUUCAAUUGCUUCUAGUGAACUUCUUUUACCGCUAGCAAAAUUACCAUCAAGUCAAAUAAUGAAACAUGAACAAAAACAAAGAGAUGAAAAUUUAUUCAAUAGUCUAUCAAAUAUAAAUAUUGAAGACGAAGAAUAUAAUCCAUUGUAUUAUGAAGCUCGUAAGAGUAAAAUAACAUUAAAUACAAACCUUAUUUGA